AUGAAGGAGCUGACCGCUGACCAGCGACGUGCUGUCGUAGACCACCUCCUCGUACGCGUUGUACAGCAGCCGUGCAAGCUGCACCGUGGGGCCAUACUUGAAGUGGCUCACAUCUUUGGGCGCAACCCACGAACUAUUGGCAAGAUAUGGCAACGUGCCAACGUGUCGCUGGGUGGCGACAACUUGCCCAAUCGCGAAAUGGUAUGUGAGCACACUGCCAGCAUAAAAAAAGGUCGCGUCGGGCGCAAACAAAAGUACACCAACCUUCCAGAGCGUAUACUCGCUGUGCCAGCGUCGCAGCGUACAACAAUCGCGUUCGAUGCCCAUGCCAUCGGAAUGCCACCGACCCAAGUUGACCGAUGUGAACAAGACUGCCCGCGUCAAAUGUGCCCUCGAAUUCGUGCCACGUACGCGUUCCACGACAUGUACGACUACGUACGCGUAGACGAGAUGUGGUUUCACGCCACGCGAAUCCGUUCCCAGCUUUACCUGCUACCUGGAGAGGAACCCCCGCAUCGGUCGACCCAAAGCAAGCGAUUCAUCACCAAAGUGAUGUUCUUGUCGGCAGUAGCGCGAUCUAGAUGGGACAACGCCAAGUUAGAAUGCACGUUCGUCGAGAAACCGUCCGGCCGGCACAAUCGAGCUGCGGCUGUCAAUGUGACGCGCCCUGUGUACAAGAAGAUGCUCAUCGACAACGUCAUACCUGCAAUCAAGGCUCUUUGGCCGCCGGAGUGUUCGAGGACCGUAUUCAUCCAGCAGGACAAUGAACGCCCGCAUGCUCCACCUAGCGACGCCGACAUUGUCAAGGCCUGCACGUCUGGUGGGUGGGUCAUGAAGUUGAAGUACCAGCCAUCAAACUCGCCGGACUUGAACACGCACCACUCGAACACCUACGAGGACAUCGUGAGUGCGAUGAACAAUGCGUGGAAGGACGUGGACCCGUGGUCUUUGGAACGCAACUUCCUGACGCUGCAAUCAUGCUUGCGUGAGGUCAUCGGCUGCGCCGGCGAGAACUCUUACAAGAUUCCGCAUAUGAAGAAGGCUGCUUUGAAGAAGCGUGGCCGUCUACCCGAGUAUGUCUCCUGCGGCAAAGAGAUCUACGACGAUGGUUGCACUAUGCUGGGCCAGCAUGACCUGAGCAGCGUCAUGCUUGAGCUGUCUCUGCAGACAGCCCGCGACUUGGAAAUGAGCGACAUAUUCACAGCAUUGGAAACGCUUGACAUCGAUGACCAGGAUGAAUAA